GUUAGAAACAAAUGAGGAUCUACGCACAGCCUCGGCAUAUGAGUUCAAUAACUCUCCUUGGCAAUGUGCGAAUAAUGGAGAGAUCACCUACUGACGCUGGAUGUGCAGAGACUGGCGUCAGCUUGCUCUAUUAAGCUUGACUGUCCUCCUGGUGCACAUGGGCUGUGCUGAGGUUAGUAGCUUGUUUCCAGACCUGAGAGCACAGGCACUUAUUCUUCUCUCGGCGUCUCUCCUGUGCCACUCUUUCAUUCACCCUCAGUGAGAGCACAUCUCUACACAUUCAUCUGCCACUUCAGGCUCCAGUGUUAGUCUCACUCCUGGAUUACUCGUCUGUUUACAAUGAGCACAUGCUGGAGGAGCAAGCUGUUGGAGAACUAGAGCAGCAGCUGCUUUAUUUGAGAAUCAAACAAGAAAUCAGCUCCUAUGAUCCACUGAACCACUGCACCAUACAGUGAUGGAGGACUCGGUAGAAGUGCGGACUGAUGGGAACUCUCUGCUUAAAGCAGUGUAUCUGUGCCGUCUGAGACUGACACGUCUGCUGCUGGAAGGAGGAGCUUACAUUAAUGAGAGCAAUGAGAGGGGAGAAACUCCACUGAUGGUGGCCUGCAAAAGCCAUCAUUCUGAUGCUCAGAGUGUCUCAAAGUCCAAGAUCAUCAGGUAUCUUCUUGAAAAUGGUGCAGACCCUAACAUUCAGGACAAGUCUGGUAAGACCGCCUUAAUGCAUGCCUGCAUGGAGCAGGCAGGUGAAGAGGUGCUGUUGCUUCUCCUCUCCAGUGGAGCUGACCCUAGUUUGGAAGACCACACUGGUUCCUCCGCUUUGGUCUACGCAGUUAACGCUGGAGACAAAGAUGCACUGAGAGUACUACUGGAUGCCUGCAAGGCCAAGGGUAAAGAAGUCAUCAUCAUUACAACAGACAAACUACCCUCCGGAAGACAAAUGACCAAGCAGUAUCUGAAUGUACCACCACCUCCAAAUCUCGAGGACCGCUUGCACUGUGCCCCUGCAUCAUGUAUGUGCCCAUCUGAAAAUAAACUCUGUACUCCGCAUAUCUCACCACCAACCAAUAACCGAUCUGAGAUCAACCUGGGAUCCACUCAAACUCUUCCCAUAUCCAAGCCAGGAUCACCGACUCAAGUUUCAAGCCCUCUGCAGGCAGCAAGCGUGGCGAAGUUGCUGCAUCUACAGAGGCUACAUUCAGAGCCCUGGCUGAAGAUCCCUUCAUCUCUGCUGCUUCAGCAAAGCAAGUCCUCAUCCUUGACCGAGGAGCUUCUAGAUAUCACCCCUGAGGAGGAGCUCUCCUUUGGGUACAAUGGUUGCCGACCUCCGAUGAAAGCAAUGGUAGCUCGGCACCAAAGCAUUGACAUCAAAGACACUACAGGUCUGCUAAGAGCAUUUGAGAUGACGUCUGAUGCUGAAAGAGAACGAAAAAAUGAGCAGAAAUGGCUCAGUAGAAAAAUGUCCUACGAUGGAGAGUUGCUUCCACACUCUACCUCGCAUCAGAAUCUCAAGCAGGCCUCCAUCACAGACACGGUCCCUGUUGACCGGGAUCCAGACUGUCUUCCCAACCUGGCCAUUUCAAGUCUGCGUAACGUGUUUCGGCGCCGCAAUAUUGGAAUGGACCACUACAGCUCUGACUCUCAGUUGCCUCAGUUUGGGAGCCAACCCUCUGAAGACCUUGGGAAGACUGGAGGAGGUGGAGGAGGAACUGGGGGAGUGGAGAAACGCAAACUUGUUAUCAGUCGUUCCUCAACUCUGUCUGGAUCCCGAGAGUCUCUGGAAUGUCUCGUCCAGAGGAGGAGCCCUGCGAUGCUGGAACGGAGGGGAUCCGGAGCCCUUCUCCUAGACCAUAUCUCACAAACGCGGCCUGGUUAUCUGCCUCCUCUCAAUCCUCACACACCUAUUCCAGACAUCAAAGCCAAUGCUGGUGUUGGAAGCAAGCCUGUGGUAGGAACUGCACCAAUAGUUGCUGGAUCAAGGCAUUUUGUGCCCUGUGCCCCAAACCAUCCCAGAGAUCACAAGAACAAAAAGAGUCUGCUAAGACGACACUCCAUGCAAACCGAGCAGAUCAAGCAGCUGGUCAAUUUUGAGGAAAUCUUUGGUCAGUGAACAUUACAGAGAAUGGUUGAGUUAAACAGAGAUAUUUCAAGUUAUUUUACUCUUCAGUAAAUCUGAACAAACUCAUCUCGGCCAUCCUCUAAAAUGCAUUUUCAGACUGGGUAUUGAGAAUAUUUGUUCAACUUCACUGCUGUUUACUGCUUUUACUCAGAGCACUGAAUCAGAAUACUCGCACUUUGUUGCUGUUUCCUGAGGUUUCUUGCUCAUUCAGUCAUGACAGAUAAUGGCAAAAAAAGUUGGCUUGCUAUCCUUGAAGAAGGCUCAGAUCUUGCUAUCCUUAAGGGAGGAUCGGCCUGAUCUAAGAUUUAGAACUUCACCAUUUGUGUGCUUCUCUGAGAUUUGUCUUCAGGACAACUCAAUGACUACACUUGUGGUUAGGCUUCUCCAAAAAAAAACUAUUUCUUAACUUAAUUAAGAUACUGCUUUCUCUUUAAACCUGGUUUUGUCUGCAAUGUCUAUUUAUGAAAGAGAA